AUGCACCACAUAAAAAUCCCUCCGCCUAGCCUAGCCUCGCCGCCCUAUGAGUCGAUCGGACAACUCGAGCUCUAUAGGCGAUGCAAACUGGUGCACUGUUUCUGUGUAUGUAAGCCCGGAGGAGCUGAGGAGAGCGAGACUGAUCGGCGGUUGAGCGUCGAGGGAGUUCUAUCCGACCGGAGGCGUCAGACUGGGGCCGAGGCGGUGGCUGGGUCUCUUGGAGAGCCGCGGCGAGUUGCCGGAGGAGACGGUUGUUGCUCAGCAGCUCCAGAGGAAGUAGCUCGUAGCUCUCAGCUCGCCUUUCUCCAUAGUGAUGAAAUAGAAGUAAAAUACCAGGACUUCAAGACUUCUAAUAUCCUACUUGAUUCGGUGCUUAAUGAAUUGUCAUUAGAAUUUUCCCCUUCUAUGAAAAGUUGGUGCGCACUUAUUUUUUGGAGACUUCAGGUCGGCUUCGUGCAAAUUCUGAUUUCGGGCUUGCCGGGGACGGCUGAUGAUAAAAGUGAUGUGUACAGCUUCGGGGUCGUCCUACUACAAAUCUUGAAUGGGAAUAAAGCAAUCGUAAAAAACCAGCCCAAGGUCAAACAAAAUCUUGUCGACUGGGCCAAAUUUACCUAACCAACAAACAACGGAUUUUUAGGGUCAUGGAUACCCAGAUUGCGGCCCAAUAUUCACAAGGCCGGGCCGUGAAGGCUGCGGGCCUCGCUCUACAGUGCCUGUGCACGGACGCCAGGUUGAGGGCCGUCAUGGAUAAGGUGGUGAAAGACUUGGAGGAGAUUCAGGAUUCGAAGGAUGCCUCAAAAAACGCGAAGAAGGGAAAAACGGAUAAACUGACAUAAUAACCAGUCGAAGGAAGUAAAGCACGUAAACACAAGGCUUAUCCUAGGCCUUGUCCUUUAGUGGCAACAGAAAAUAAAAGAAAUUAAUGUGUGAUUUCUUUCCUUAUCUGCAUUUCAUUCCUUAUCGGAAUUUCAUGAGGUUCGGAAAUAGAUACACGUCUAGCUACCAUGUAUAUGAACCCAAUUGACACAAUGAAGAUGAAUAAAUACAACAAGUCUAGCUUUGCGUAAAGGAGUUUUUAUUUAUUAUUGGGAGAGAAUAUCAUCUUGACCGACCACUCUUUCUUUACCCAUUUUACAUAUUUUCGUUUGUCUUAUAAUCAUUAACUAUGUAGAUGCUUAUGAUGUGUAGCCCACGUUAAAAGAAGUAUGAUAUAUGGUAGCCAUAAUUUUGAUCAUUUCACAGGAAAAAUCCCUUAUAUAAUUCUUGGAUGUAUAUGUAGGGAAGAAGUUCUUUAUUGAUUCAAUUUUUAACUGAUAUGCAUGCUGUAACAUUUCUUAGAUUGAUUCUAGAAUUGUACUUAUCCAUCACUACAUAUCUAUGGUAACAUGCCAAGAUCUAACUAGAAACACAUACAAAAGUUGUAUGAAGAGAAGAUCUUUGGAACUCUUCAAAUUGAUUACAACCAUACAAAAUCGCGUGGACGAGGAUCGAGAUCCUGUGAAGCUCAAUGACCCUACUGUCCUUACUGGCAGCUGAAAGAGUAGCCAAGGAUAUAGGAGAAUAAACAUAGUCUUGGCCGCCGCCACCACUACCACCAUCGGGCCCCAAUCACCAGUCCGCAUUUUGCUAUAUUUCGUAAGUGCCUCGUUUAUGCCUAGGACCUCUACAGAUGGACCAAGGUGGGAGCUUAUAAAGGGUGUUUUGAUAUUAAAAAGAAAUUGGGGAAAAGAGUUUGAGCGUGUUAAUAAAAGAACGGUACAAGUUUCAUCUCAGUGCACAUGUGCUUCUUGUAUUAUGUGGCUGAAAAAUGCUACUUUGAUAUGGAUUUUUUAGUAUGAACGUAGUUGAUUUUAAAGGUAGAGAAUGAAUGACAGACGAAUUUUCUAGGAUCUUAUAUUGUUGUUUGUGUUUUAUGAUGAUUUUAUGAUUUUGUGAAUAAUCAAUAUUUGUAAAUCGAAGCAAUGGAGCAUCUCUAGCUUUAACAUUGCAAG